AUGGACACAACGCAGUCAACUGGCGGCGGUGGCAGAGUCAAAAGAAAGCAGUCGGGCAACAAGACCAAGACGCUGCCCUGCCCGCACUGCCAGCGACUCUUUGCUCGGCUAGAACACCUUCAGCGGCACAUCCGUACCCAUACCAAAGAGAAACCCUUCGUCUGCGAGAUUUGCUCCAAGACAUUUGCGCGGAGCGACCUGCUGGUGCGUCACGAGAGACUCGUCCAUCCAGACGAGGAAGAGCAGCAUACCACACGGAAGUCACACAAGCACCAUAUCCAAAAUGCCAUCGCGGCAAAGGAGGCCGCAGCCCGCGCGCUGGCACAAUAUGGAUCUUCGAAUCAUUCCGAACCAAUGGACACCGCGCCACAGCAGAAUCAGGCCUUGCUGUCACCUCCUGCUGCGCACGAAGGGAGAGGGAUGAUGGAUAUGCUGGAUCCGCAGCUCAUGCAACCUACCAACGGCAUCAGUUCGGUCGAUGGAAUGUCUACGCACCAGUCAUCCGUGAUCAACGCGCCAUCGCUCGAUCCGUCCUGGGGUUACGACUUGAAUCUGCUCUCUCACGCCGCCAGCCACGUCGCGUCUAGUGGCCAGGACCACUACAUGUCCGGUUUGCCGCAAGUUACGCAAGAACAGCUCCAUGAGCCAUUGCAACAGAUAAUGCCGGCAGUGACAGAAGGGCAAUACCAGCCUAGAAUGCUGACCGAAGGCUACGGCCAGCCGACCCCUAUGUUCGAACCUCCUGACCUCGGUGAUCCAAUGCAAGACUUCACCGUCUUCCUUGAUAGUGUCGGCCUUUCAUCCGAAUGGUACGCGAAUAUGUUUGGCAACGAUCAGGUUGAUACUUACAACUCACCCGUCGAGUUGAGAGGCGAUCACUUGAACAUAUCAAGGCCUCAAUUGAACGGUGAGCAUUCCACCGAUAGCAAACUUGGUGUUUCUCAAGAAGAGACAAGUACAUUUUCACGAUUUGGAUCAAGACUGCCGUCCCUUCAACCAGAAUCUAGAGAUUCUGACUUCACUCGGCCAGAACCUCCACGAAGUACGGUCGAAGAAGCCGAGGCCAAAGUGGUCAGGACAACCUGGGACGUCUCCGAUUCAGACCGAUCCAUAUUUGCCUCCAAACUUGCCGCAUUCGAUAAUGUCAUGCCCAAAGGGUUUAUUCCUCCAUCUAGACAUUCGCUCUCAAGGUAUUUGGCUGGUUAUGUCAAUGGCUUCCACGAACAUCUUCCGUUCAUUCACGUACCGACGCUACAAGUCGCAGGCAGUGCUCCUGAGCUUGUCCUGGCACUAGCCGCCGUGGGAGCGCAGUAUCGAUUUGAGAAUAGCCGAGGAAUAGAAUUAUUCUAUGCGGCAAAAGCUGUUGUGAUGGAACAGAUAAGACGCCGCGACGAGUCCUCGACGACCCACUUGUGGAACAGACCUCGAACAGGGUCGAUGGCUCAGUCUCCGGGAGGAGGAUUCACAAACCAGAGCCAUUCAAGCAGCCCGUUCCAACAGAUUUCCCCCGAAGACGCACCUCCUGCAGACAACAAAGAGCAGAUGGACUCGAUACAGGCGCUCCUACUGCUGACAGCCUUUGCCACGUGGGAGAGGCACACCGAGUUGCUCCGUGAGGCUUUGGCGUUCCAAAGCAUUCUAGCACGGCUUGUGCGGGAGGCCGGCCUCACCAGUCCCGAGAUUAUGCAGUCACCAGAGGAGCUGACUUGGGAGGACUGGAUCAAGAUUGAGGGCGAAAAGCGGACGAAACUGAUCGUCUAUUGCUUCUUCAAUCUGCAUUCAAUCACCUGGAAUAUCCCCCCACUCAUUCUCAACUCGGAAAUCAAGCUCAACUUACCCGACCCUGCCAACGAGUGGAAAGCCACCAGCGCCGAACAAUGGAAGAAGCUGCGACAAGCGAACGCAGCACCACAAAUGCCCUUUCAAACCGCGUGCUCUCGAUUGUUCACGAAACAGAAUCAAGCCACAGCCACUCCGAUCUCCCCGCUAGGCAACUACAUCCUCGUCCACGCACUGAUCCAGCAAAUCUUCUUUGCACGACAGCUCUCGCUGGCUUGGCCCGGCGUGGCGGGAUCAAGUCUGCGCAUCGAAGACAUUACCGUCCUCGACCGCGGCCUCUCGUCCUGGAAAGCGGGUUGGAAACGCGCGCCUGAGUCGAGUCUAGAUCCUCAGAAUCCCAAUGGACCAGUCGCGUUUACGUCGACCGCUCUCUUGGGACUUGCAUAUAUUCGUCUACAUGUCGACAUGGGCCCACUCCGCCACCUCGAGACUCGCGACGCCACACAGAUUGCCACAUCUCUACUCAACACGCCUGACAUCCGCCGGGACCCUCGACUGACGCCCGCCCUCUUGCACUCUGCUCACGCACUCUCCAUCCCCGUGCGGUUGGGAAUUGACUUUGUCGCACGGACACAGACCUUCUUCUGGUCCAUUCAACAUUCGCUGUGUAGUCUGGAAUGCGCCUUCCUCCUCAGCAAAUGGCUCUACGUCCUCUCCAAUCUGAAAAUCUCGGGCGGCGCGCCCGUCACAGAGCACGAAAGGAAACUUCUCCUCUGGGUCCGUUCUCUCCUCGAUGAAACAGAAAUGACUGUGCCAUUGAACGGAGAUGCAAAUGACCAUACUGUGUUGAAUGAGUCGAGGGCGUUGUUAGAGGACACGCAGAAGAUGCGGCAAUUGAGCGUGGCGGUGGUAAGGGUAUGGAGUAAGACAUUCAAGGGGAACACGAGCUGGGCAAUCGUGGACAUGAUUGGGAGUGCGUUGGAGAUUUAUGCGGAUAUGCUGGAGGGUGAAAUGGCACGGUAG